GGCGGGACAACUGGAGCAGCGCUUGUCCAGCUACAUUGUUAAUACGUACCACAAGACUGGACUAAUGGUCCCUUUCGUAUGGACAAAUUUUGGUUUCAUACCGAGGAGAAGUUUUUCACUGGAGAGAAUUCCUUAACCCAUCGCCUUCAACUGGCUCGAAAAAAUUGGCCACCACAAAAUUUUGGCCCCCCCACCCCCCUCCCUCCCUCCCUCCCUCCCUCCAUGCAUCCCUCCUUCCUCCUCCUCCUCCCUCAGCAACCACUGCACAGAGUGAACGUUGAUAUGCUACAUCAGUGAUGGAGCCCAUGACGGUUACUACAUCGGUGGCAGGACCAGAUGAGUUUGAUCGCAACGCCCCGCGGAUAUGUGGGGUUUGUGGCGACAAGGCCACUGGCUUCCAUUUCAAUGCCAUGACCUGUGAAGGUUGCAAGGGCUUCUUCAGGCGCAGUAUGAAGCGUAAAGCCGCCUUCACCUGCCCGUUCAACGGAAGCUGCACCAUCACCAAAGACAACCGACGUCACUGCCAGGCCUGUCGUCUCAAGCGCUGCAUUGACAUUGGCAUGAUGAAAGAGUUCAUCCUCACAGAUGAAGAGGUGCAGAGGAAGAAGGAAAUGAUAUUGAAAAGGAAGGAGGAGGAGGCAGCCAAGGAGGCUUCGAGGCCUCGGCUCAGCGAAGAGCAGGCCCAGAUCAUCUCUUCGUUGGUGGAGGCUCACCACAAGACUUACGAUGCCUCCUAUUCAGACUUCUCCCGCUUUAGGCCUCCAGUGCGUGAAGGUCCAGUAACACGCAGUGCCAGCAGAGCCGCCUCCCUUCACUCUCUGUCUGAUGCUUCCUCCGACUCCUUCAAUCACUCGCCUGAGUCGCUAGACACCAAGAUGAACUUGAACAACCUGUUAAUGAUGUACCAGGACGGCGCAAGCAGUCCAGACUCUAGCGAGGAGGACACCAAGCUCUCCAUGCUGCCCCAUCUGGCCGACCUAGUCUCCUACAGCAUCCAGAAGGUCAUAGGGUUUGCCAAGAUGAUCCCAGGAUUCAGAGAACUGACUGCGGAAGACCAGAUUGCUCUGCUGAAAUCGAGCGCCAUUGAGAUUAUCAUGCUACGCUCCAAUCAGUCAUUCAGCCUGGAAGACAUGUCCUGGAGCUGUGGAGGGCCUGACUUCAAAUACUGCAUCAAUGAUGUCACGAAGGCGGGUCACACUCUGGAGCUGUUGGAGCCGUUGGUCAAGUUCCAGGUUGGCCUGAAGAAGCUCAAUCUACAUGAGGAGGAACACGUCCUGCUCAUGGCCAUCUGCCUGCUCUCCCCAGAUCGUCCCGGUGUGCAGGACCACGGCCGCAUCGAGCAGCUCCAGGACCACAUGUCGGAGACACUUCAGGCCUACAUCCGAGUCAACCACCCCGGCGGACGCCUUCUCUACGCCAAGAUGAUCCAGAAGCUGGCCGACCUUCGCAGCCUGAACGAGGAGCACUCCAAGCAGUACCGUUCGCUCUCUUUCCAGCCCGAGCACAGCAUGCAGCUCACCCCGCUGGUGCUGGAGGUUUUUGGCGGUGAGGUGUCAUAGUAGACACACAUACGCACAGUUAUCGCCUUCAUCCCACCAACCCCCAUCACCACCACCGCUGGAAAACCGCUGCUUUUGAAGGCUAAUAACACGAGUAAAUUCAUCCUCAUGUGCCACACUCCUCAUCUAGAACCCAGCUGCCAAGACUCCUGGAUGCAUGAAACUCAGAAUUCAAGGAUUCUGUGGAUACCUGCGCCACUCGGAUAACCAGGUUAUUCCAAACCCAAUUCCAAUGACGUUGGGACUUUGUGUUAAACAUAAAUAAAAACAGAAUACAAUGAGUGCAAAUCAUGUUCAACCUAUAUUUAAUUGAAUACGCUACAAAGACAACAUAUUUAAUGUUCAAACUGAUAAAUGUAUUGUUUUUAGCAAAUAAUCAUUAACUUAUAAUUUUAUGGCUGCAACACGUUCCAAAAAGCUGGGACAGGGUCAUGUUUACCACUGUGUUACGUCACCUUUUCUUUUAACAACGUUCAAUAAACGUUUGGGAACUGAGGACACUAAUUGUUCAAGCUUUGUAUGUGGAAUUCUUUCCCAUUCUUGCUUGAUAUACAGCUUCAGCUGUUCAACAGUCUGGGGUCUCUGUUGUCAUAUUUUAUGCGUCAUAAUAAUGCACCACAAAUGUUCAAUGAGAGACAGGUCUGGACUGCAGGCAGGCCAGUCAAGUACCUGCACUCUUUUACUACGAAGCCACGCAGUUGAAACACGUGCAGAAUGUGGUUUGGCAUUGUCUUGCUGAAAUAAGCAGGGGCGUCCGUGAAAAAGACGUUGCUUGGAUGGCAGCAUAUGUUUCUCUAAAACCUGUAUGUACCUUUCAGCAUUAAUGGUGCCUUCACAGAUGUGUAAGUUACCCAUGCCAUUGGCACUAACACAGCCCCAUACCAUCACAGAUGCUGGCUUUUGAACUUUGCGUCCAUAGCAGUCCGGAUGGUUCUUUUCCUCUUUAGCCCGGAGGACACAACGUCCCCAAUUUCCAAAAACAAUUUAAAAUGUGGACUCAUCAGACCACAGAACUCUUUUCCACUUUGCAUCAGUCCAUCUUAGAUGAACUCGGGCCCAGAGAAGCCGGCGGCAUUUCUGGGUGUUGUUGAUAAAUGGCUUUUGCUUUCCAUAGUAGAGUUUCAAGUUGCACUUACGGAUGUGGUGCCGAACUGUAUUGACUGUCAUUGGUUUUCUGAAGUGUUCCUGAGCCCAUGUGGUGAUAUCCUUUACACAUUGAUGUCGGUUUUUGAUGCAGUGCCGCCUGAGGGAUCGAAGGUCAAGGGCAUUCAAUGUUGGUUUUCGGCCUUGCCGCUUACAUGCAGUGAUUUCUCUAGAUUCUCUGAACUUUUUGAUGAUAUUAUGGACCGUCGAUGAUGAAAUCCCUCAAUUCCUUGCAAUUGUACGUUGAGGAACAUUGACCUUAAACUGUUGGACUAUUUUCUCACGCACUUGUUCACAAAGAGGUGAACCUCACCCCAUCUUUGCUUUUGAAUGAGUGAGCAAUUCAGAGAAGCACCUUUUCUACCCAAUCAUGGCACCCACCUGUUUCCAAUGAGCCUGUUCACCUGUGGGAUGUUCCAAACAGGUGUUUGAUGAGCAUUCCUCAACUUUCGCAGUCUUUUUUGCCACCUGUCCCAGCUUUUUGGAAUGUGUUGCAGCCAUACAAUUCUCAGUUAAUGAUUAUUUGCUAAAAACAAUCAAGUUUAUCAGUUUGAACAUGAAAUAUCUUGUCUUUGUAGUGUAUUCAAUUAAAUAUAGGUUGAACAUGAUUUGCAAAUCAUUGUAUUCUGUUUAUAUUUGUUUAACACAACGUCCCAACUUAAUUGGAAUUGGGGUUGUACAUCUUGACAUCUUCUGAACACCCCUAAACGCUACAGUUCCCCAUAACAUUUAUCAACUGAAUGUGCUGGAUGGAGGGAUUCGACGACCAACCCUUGUCUCCAUCAUCCUCAUCAUGGUACUUGAGGUUCACAUGCCCAAUUGGAGAGGAAUACACAGCUUUGCUCCGCAGAUGGCACAAGCUAAGACAUCCAAACAACGGCAGUCUUAGAGGAGGAAUACUUGCUGGUUACAAACAAGCUCUGUGUAUCUGUGCUCGGAUGAAGAAGGAAAAGCCUGUCAGGAUUGAUGGGAAAAAAAAGAAUGGCAACCGAGAGAGACCCACUACAGUUGGAAUUCCUUGCUGUCCAGUCAAAAGGAAAUUUUGCAGGAAUGUAUGUAUAAAGCUAUAUAAAUAAAAUGUAUAAGCUCAACUAGAUCGAUACAGUAUACGCAAAUAUAUAUAUUUAAGACAGAUGGGUGCUUCAGAGGAAGCACAUUGGUAAUAUGUCAUGUAUAGCGGGGUUUCCCAAACUUUCUAAACUUACAUUGACUUAAACUGUACAUAAACUAAUGAUAUUGAACUCAGAAGACACACUUAUUACAACAAAGCUAAAGAGAGAGUUUACCUGGUUGACGAUCAAUAACAAACAGUUCUACUUAGACAAUCGUCGACCCUCAGUUUGGGAAAGCCUGCUGUAUAGGAUUUGAAGGCCCCCUCUCAGUGUGUGUGUGUGUGUGUGUGUGUGUGUGUGUGAUAUGAGUCCUCGUUGACCAGACGAAUGCACUGUGAGAGGAGUCCUAUGUUUGUGCAGUAUAACAAAAUAUUGGUGGACCACAGGGGGUUUGAGUUCAGGCCCUGGCUGAGGCCUCGGAAUCUCCCGUUUUUCUUUGUUUGUUUUUUGGACCUGUGAAGUUUCUAGACUGACAAAGAUGACGUUAUGUUGCGGUGGAUAGCCGCUAUCUGCCGUAUUUGAGUUGGGCUGCUAAGACCUGUUACCUCAGGGAAAAGUUCUGUGCGUACGUGGUGUUGAUAACGUGUGUCAGGCGUAAGCUUACAAUCAGAAGAUAACCUUUUCGAAGCUCUCUGCAUCACUGUGAUUUCUAAUCGUACCAGAUAACAGUUAAUGUAAGCUGCAAGUCAUAAUUAUAACCGCAUUGCCCCAUUCCUAAUUAAUUGGAUCAAUGAAUCCGAGGUCAAAGCUAAAGUACAUUUCCAGCCGUCUGUCCAUUGGAGGGUGGAGACUUUGGACCCACACCUAAGGUUAUCAUCAAUUGAUUCAGGAUGAAACCUGAAGGUAGCGAUAUAGAAAAUAAAGACAUGUUGGGUUCUAAUGUGAUGAUGCUUUCAACAGCGUGGCGAGUGAUUAAAAAGGAACGUUUAACCAUCACUACAUAUGUCGCUUGUCAGCCCCUCAGCAGGCCUAGAGCUCCCCCUUGUGGACAUAUUGUGUAAAUACCACUUGCUCUGUCUGGUCUGUACAUAUUUAGAAUGUAAUGUAGCCAAAAUACUAAGAGAAUUCAAUAUGCUCUGGAGUUACAGGCACUAUAUGCAAUGAGUAGUUAUGGACCCUUGUGCUGUAUUAUUCAACUUGAUGGAUGGAGUUGACGCUUCCGGUGAACACGUUUGACUUGUCGGAGUAAGCAAAACACAUUUAAAAUGUGUUGUUAUUGUUUUUCUACAUUUUGGACCGUUCUAAAACCAAACCGUUGCAAACUAUUAGCAUUGGCGGAAUGUUUCAAACUCUCGUCACUUAACAUUCCUAUGCAUGAAAGAAAUGUACAAGUCGGUGUGGCCGCCACACGGCGUCCCCUCCAUCCAUCCCAAGCUUGUGGGUGUAAGUAUUUUCAUUCUCUCUCAGAAGUGAAUUGAUAAGCUUUUGGCAGUGUUAAAGUACUAUUACGAUUUGGGUGAAAGUUCUUUCUCUGUUGCGCUAAUCCACAUUCUGUAGCUUGAGCUUGUCUUGCUGCCUGAGGACUUUUGGUUUCAUGGAUCAGUGAUGAGCAAGGAGGACUCCUUCCUGGAACCUUUUCCAUGCGCCCUUGGUUUUAACUGAGCAACAGCAGUCCUCAUUUUUAGGGCAGGGAAACAACACAAUUCUCCCGCUUUUCUACCGGAAUACGUACAAGACCGAACGCCAUAUCGGCCACCUUAAGGGAAGGAGUGAAUUCUUGCCCCAAUGGCAUGAUGGUCAACUCACACUGACACGAACAUUAGCCAGUGGCCACCAGCAUGGGCGUGCCUCAUCAACCAACAACCACCAUACCGCCUCAUCUUCCGCAGGAGCCAGUAUUACUGCAGUCGAUGACUCAUCACAGCUUUAACCCAGUAGCCGUCUCGGCUCUGCUGCUUCGAUGCACCAAGGGCUGAUGGGAACAUCUGCCGUGGACUGUCGCUUAACUGUGAAAACAAAAAAAUGUCCACAUGCCCUUUUAUCCCACCCCGCUCUACCUUUACUUGGACCUCCACGAGACUUUGUACAGAAAAUUUGGAAGGAGGAUUUCCUCAGGCCGGCGGGCUAUGCAGUGACUGAUGACGACUUGUCGCCUUGUGAACCCAAAGUGUGACGAUACCCUGCUCACUUCUCUGCCUCACUUUGCAGCUCUAAGAAUUUACAUUCUCGGAAAAAAAAAGGAAACAAAUGUUUGUUUUCGUGUUUAAAAAAACAAAAACAGGACUUAGCAACAUUAACAUCACCUGUUUUGAAAAAGGAAUGCAUAUCGGAGGAGGGAGACUGCUCAACUUUAAGAUGUUCGGGAAAUGAAACUAACUUUUUCCGCGUUUGCCAACUAGUUGAAUUCAAACUGUCGAGCCUCCCGCCCGCUCCAAUCAGGUUAGCAACUCCGCCUCAGUAGCCUUACUUGGAGUGCUUUCACACUUAACUUUCUUUGGUCCCUUUCAGUUGAUUUAAAAAAAAAAAAACAAAAAAAAAAACAAUUUGUGUUUUAACAAUUUCUAGACACAAAUCUUGGGGGGAAAAAACAAACAAACAAAAAAAAACCCUCUCAACACACCCCACACCGCAGGGUAACCGCUCAGGAUAGUCUUUCAGAGACCUCCGCGAAUUUGGAACUUUGCUGACCCAAGGAGGAAAAAUGCUCAAAAUUGACUCGAUUGUGUCUACCCCACUUGAGAAAAUGUUAACUUUCUCAUAACAUUGUUGCAUUUAUCUUGUAAUUUUAUUUGACUUUUGUUGUGGCCCUAAUUCAACUCCAUGACGUUCUGUUUUAUUUAACUUUAAAAAAAAAUGCUAUUUGGCUUUGGGCCACAACUAGUCCGGGACUGGACCUUGUACACCCCUUAAAGUGCCCUGUGCCAAAUUCUCGUGUUCUGCAGUCUGCAAAACUGCACCACGUUUACAAACAGAUCAACUGAUUGGGAUCAGAGAAAGCAAGCUACUGGUGUGAAAGCACAACUUCCAGAAACCUCUCUCACUAUACACCAUCGAAACAGAUACCUCAAUCAUCUACGGAAUAACUUUUCAUGUCAAUAGUCUUGAAGGGAACCAAACAUGAACUCAUCGCGCGCACGUCCACGCUCUUAUCGGAGCGUCGUUGCGUAGAAGACGGCCGCGGAGUACAGUCCCGUUGCCAGUCGACAGGUCAGAGUGUGUGAGUGGAUCCCAAUGUUUUAGACAUUUUUACUUACUCUCAUUUUCUGGCUUUGUUCUCAUUUCUGGAGCAGCAGUCUUUUUCUUUUUUUUUUUUUUAUGUCCAGAGUCUGCAGCUGCGCUUCAGCGCUGCAUUAACCGAACAUACUACCUCUCCCUUCAGCACAUAAAUUCAGUCUACAGUAUCUUAUAUAUGUUUUUGUGUCGCAUCACCAGGAUUGUGUUUGAUCCCUUUUUAAUUUAACACUAACUGAAAGGAUAUGUUUGUCGUGUACAGUCAUCAUUGUCCCGUUUUGAUCUCUUCAAAUGCAGCAUGAUUUUUACCUCAACAUGGCACAGAAUAAGCUUACAAAUGUAAAGUCAGUCAUUCGUCACCUCAGAAUUCAAACCAGUGUGUGUGUGUGUGUGUGUGUGUGUGUGUGUAACUCCUAGUGGUAAUGAAGAGCCUCCUAUUGUCAACUUGUCAGGAAGAAAUGCAGUAGUUAAAAAGUAGUAGUUUUUAGAGGCUUCUGAUUUCACAACUAGUUGUUCAUCAAUUUGUUGUGUGUAUCUAAUUCGAUGAGUUGAUAAUUCCUCCAUACGGGUUGACAGUAAUAACGGCCCAUAACUACGAUGUGGCCCGUGACAAAAAUGACUUUGACACCCCUGAUCGAGAGCAUCAUCAGUAAAACAAAAAGAAACCUGAUCAAGUAAAACCAGCAUCAAAUUGGAAUGGAAAAAAUACGAUAUAUAUUUUUUUAAAUCAAAGAACAUAAAACCAUUAACAUCUCUCAUAAUUAUGCUAGUUCAGUGCAACCGACAGCAGUUCUAAAAAUUCAAAUGCUCAUUUCGGCCCCCCCGAGUAUGAACAGCUUGUCGAAAGAGGAUGUUUGAAAUCAAUUUACUGAGUUAAUACUGACGCUGUCGCAGGAAGGCCACACGCGCACAAAAAAAUAGUCGUACUGUUAAUAAAGUAUUCAUAUUUAAUGUAUUUUCACAAUAACAAACUUGUAAUAUUUCACUCGUAAUGUUGUCCGAAAAUGAGUAAUUUUUAAAUAGUCCUAAUGUAAUGAAUGAAUGGUGAAAGAAGUUGUCAUUUCUUAAGAAUAAAAACACAAUGGGAGGAAGAAGUAUGCGAACCCCUUGAGAAUUUCUGCAUAAAUUGGUUAUGAAAUGUAGUCCGAUCUUCAUCUAAAUCACAAGAAUAAACAGUCCGCUUAAAUUCAUACCAUACAAACAUUAUAUGUUAUAUGUAAACAUUCACAGGAGAGGGAGGAAAAAAGAGGCUACAGAUGCUCCAAGGUGUGAGACAAGAUUGGAGGUGUGGCUUAAAGCUGCUCUGGCCUCUACAAAACACGCUGUUAAGCACUGUUACUUCUCUUCCCAGGAGUGGCCGUGCUCUAAAGAUGGCUGCAAGAGACCAGCGCAUAAUGCGUAGUGAGGUUAAAAAAAAAAAAAAAAAAGAAGCUUAGCGUGCCAGUUGCAGACUUACAGAAAUCUCUGGCACUUGCCAACAUCUCUGUUGACAAAUCUACCAUAUGUAAAACAUGAUACAAGAAGAGAGUUCCAGAAGCCAUUACUGUCUCAAAACAAAAACAAAAAAAACAUUGCUGUUCCACAGCACUACUGGCAAAAUAGUCUGUGGACAGAUGAAACCAAAUUUGAAUUGUUUGGGAGGAACAUGUCAUGUCAUUGGUGGAUUUAAAAAAAAAAACAAAAAUGGCACACAUUGAGAUGCUUGUGGCAUGACCUCGAGACAGCUAUUCACCACACUCGCCAUCCCGAGAACUGCAACAGCUCCAAAAUUCAUCCUGAUCCGUUGUGCACAUCAGAUCUGCAACCCCAGGAAACCUUUGGUUGAGGUUUUUGCUGCCAAAGGAGGGUCGACCAGUUAUUAAAUCCAAGGGUUGACUUACUUUUCCCCCCUCCCUGUCCUGAGAAUGCCUACAUGCAUGCUCUAGAAAUAUAGGAAAACAUCAUUUUGGUAUUAAGUUCCGCACAGCGUUUUAUUCUUACGCUUUAUCUGAUCAGACUACGUUUUAUAAGCAAUUUAUGCAGAGGUUUAAGAAAUUGCAAAGGGUUGACAUACUUUUUCCUCCCACUAUAUGACAUUUAUCAUUUUUAUUCAGAAAGUCGUGUGAUCCAUUUUUGUUAGGAUAGUCGUAGCUGGGAAGCUGUCGACGUGAAGUUCUAAAUAGCAUAGGAACAUCUUCUAUACAUGUAGGUAGAACAUGAUUCAUUCUCAUUUUUGUUGUGGUUUUCUUUUUCUGUUCAUUCUGACUUAUUUCCUGUAGUGUUUGUUUUCUUUUCUUCUUCUUGUUUGUCUUUUCAGCGCGGUCCUAAUAUAGGCUCGUUAAGAAGGACCGCAGGCUGGCUCAGCGAAAGGUUUCAUCAUCGAACCCAAACUGAGCUUGCGUCUCUUUGUCCGCUUUGCUCCCGUAUCGCUCGUCUCCUUCAAACCUUUCAUUCGGGUUGUGACAUUGGGAUCCCAUUUUUAGAUCACGUCGAUAGAACUAGCGUUGUUGUUUGUUUUGUUUUUCCACCGAGCUCCCGCCACUCCCAAGCCGUCACACCGCAGCUCGGACCUGACCUCGGCGAACUGCCUUCUUUUCUUCAAAAAAACAAAAACAAAGAUCACUUCACUUGUUUGCUGGUGCCUCUUUUUCUCAGCUUGCAAAAAUCCUUCACAGAUGUACUGUGAAUGACACUCUCACACUCACACACACACACACACACACACACGCCCACAGCCUUCUGGCCUCACCACUUGCAUUCUAUCAGCGAUGGACGCUCUCCUCGGUCUAUGUUCCACCGUCGGCCAAUCCCCUCUCCUGGUGGAGAACUUCACAAAAUAAUCCAAAAGCGUUCACGGAUUUCUAGCGGUUCGUCCUCCCUCCUAGAUAUGUUUCACCCAGUAGAAGAAACUGUAGUUCACCACUAUGUCGAGUCAAACAUAUUGUUUCGAUGUCAACACAAACAUAUCGAGUUGACCCAAAAGUCGUGUGUGUUUUGUUUAAUGUAAUACAGGUUGGCAUGGAAAACAUGAUGUACAUGUUCCAUUAUUUGGCUUUUUUUGUUUUUUGAACGUCAGCAUAUUAAAGGGCAGUUUGCAGUGUUUAAACUGCUAGCGAGAUUUGAAUGGAGCCUCACGUCUCUAAUCCCCGCCCCUGAGCAAAGCCACACCCCCUUCAUUAACGCCAACAAGCCAGAGUCUCAAAUAUGGCCUUUGCUUAUUGCAUGCAAUUAUGAAAGCGCGUCGAGUCGUAAUGAAUAGUCUCAAGAGGAACGCGUGUCCAGGUUCAACAAAAUAGUAGGGCCAGCAGUAACAAGCUAGCAUUAGCACUGUAAACAAGCCUUCGUUAGCCGCGGCCGCUACGUUCGCUGCAUGACUUACUUGCAAUCGUGUUACUAUAACACUAAAGGUUACCGGUUUAAGAUUUUCAACUUACUUGUCAAGCAGGAAUGUUGCAAAUUCUGCAUCAUUUCUGAAUCUUCAGCUGCCUGACAUCCGUUUGCUUUGCCUCUGUUUGCUAAUCAUUUAUGCUCAGUCGAUGGGACAUUUCUUUUUUUUUUUACAUUUUCUGGAGGUGGAUAUUCCGCCAUAGUUUGAGCAAAUCUCCUGAAGCCAAGGUAGCAGGUCAACGCGACGCAAAUAAUUGAUUCAUGCACUCCUUCUAGCUUUGAUUGGUUGUUGUUUUUUCUCGGGCACGGUGGUUUUUUUCUUUUUCUUUUAAUCGAGUUAGCGUACAAGAUGGGGCUAGAGAGGGAUGGUUUUCUUUCACAGAUUGUUUUUUUUUUUUCUUCCUUUUUCUUUCAUAUACGACUACUGUCAGGUCUUACUGAAUGUUUUAACAAAAUUGACUUUUUUGUUUUAAUUAUUGUAAACUUCCCUUUCAAGCAAAGUCACUGCUGAAAAAUGUAAAUGUUUUGUCAGCCUGGUCCACACUGUUGUGUUUUAUUCAGAUAAAGUUCAUGUGAGGAGAGUGGCUGAAUUGUGAAGUAUGGUUAUGUUUCUGCGCUACCUCUUUCCAAUGUAAUGCGCUUGCUCGCUCGCUCGCUAGCUUGCGCAUCCGCACGCUCACGCACCUGUCCAAGCGACACCCACGGGGCAAAUGCAGACUCCCAGACAGACGCUGCACACAUCACAGUGCACUUGCUUCUCCCUCACCAGCAGUCUCUUGCCAAUGAUGCACUUGUAUAUUGUGUUUUUUUUUUUUUUUUUUAAUGUCUACAUGAAUGCGCCAUGUGCAUUUUUCGAGUCCAAAUCUUUCAACCGAUGCACAUAAUUGCUCAGCUCAGUUGUACCUUGGUGUGCCUACAACCCACAGCCUUAUUUGGGGACAAUAUCAGGGCUUUUAACGCACGACGAUCUUUCUUUGUAGUGCUGAUGAUGAUGCUGUCGUAGCGCUUCGUAGCUACACUUUUGUUCGGGUUGUUUCACCAAAUGACGUAGUUGUCGUUUUCAACAGUAUCCUGCUCAUGGGAAACUUAUUUAUCAUACAGCCUAAAUCAGUUUUAUGAAAAUCGAGACAUCUCUCUCGAUUUGUAUAUUUUCUCAAUUUCACUUCAUGACAAAACCAAAACAGAAAUGUCCAAGGUUUAUGUAAUCAGCUCAGCAGACUGUGAUCUUUCAUCGUUUUAAUAUACAAGCGGUACAGUUGUAAUGGAGUCGCCUCCCAAGAGAAGUACCACCAUGCAGUAAAACCUGCCAGACCUCAUUGCGUUAGGGUUAGGUUUUUUUUUUUUUUUUUUUUUUUUUUCUUCUUCUUCCUGUUUCAUCAUCACACAGUUGCCAUGCCAUCAUUGUAGAUGGCUCCAUGACUACAAAGCCCUCUGUGUUAGCAAGUACUUUUAUACAUACAGGAACUCAACUGCUCUGGCCAUGUCGCUGUGUUUCCUUUUCUUUGUUUUUUUGUUUUUGUGCUGUUCUCCCUGCAUUUGAUCCAUUGUACUUCGAUUACAUGCAUUGUAUCUAGUUUAAAAAAAAAAAAAACAACAACAACAACAACUGAUUAUGCUUGGAGCAAAUCACAAAUAAAGCAGCUGUACAUAAUGAUGCAAAACUA